AUGGUUCUAUUUUUGUAUCUUUUAGGACUCGCAGCUGCCCUUCCAGCUGAGCCACUCGACAGCGAAAUUUCAUCAACAUUCUCUAAUCUUAACAAACUUACCAAAGCACGAAAAUAUUUGCUUUCAGCAAAUACUGAUAAAAAAGACUCUGCAAAUCUCCUCAGCAUCCCUGAGCUUAUAGAGCCUCAAGACUAUGAGCUCGGAAGAUUCAUUCCAAAAUUCACCCUCCACACAAAUCAAACCAUUUCAGCGCUUGAAUUUAUUGCACUAAAGCCACUAUCAAUUUAUAAGAAUGGGAUCAGUCAAGGCAUAAUCUCAAUAUAUACAGACGGAGUCCUAGAAAUUCAUGACCUUGCAGGCGAUCUUCUUUAUCGUCACAAUUUAGGCUACUCUUCCUCUCUUAUAGCAGCUACUUCUAACUUUGACGAUAUAAAAUUUGCAUUGGUUUCUCCUGACGACAAACUAGUGAUUUUUACAGUAAAAAUAGACAAAGCUAAAAACAGCCCAUUUACACCUAUUGAAUUUGGCAAUCAAACCCACAAAAUGAGCAUUGAAAUUAAAAAAGACACUGAAUCGCCCCUAUACCAGUCAGCCAAACCAACAUGUAUUCUUCACUACGUAAAAUCAGGGCAAAAAAACUGGGUCAUUGGAGACAGCCUUGGAGGAGUCUCAUUCCACCAUAUGAAUGGAACAUGACUAAAACGCACAGAAAGCUUAGGCUACCCUAUAACUUCUCUAGACAGACUAGGCCCUCAGCUUGUAUUUAGCGCAGGAGACUCAAUAGCAGUAUUAAAUACACAUACAAUGGCAUUAUCACACAAAUGUGAAGGGGUAAUUCCUACAUAGCCAGCUGGGAUAAUAACUGAUAUAGCUAUCGACCAGAUGUCAGGGGCCGUUAUAUAUGCACUUUUAGACUCGAAAGAUGUCUUAGUUUUUGAAGCCAGACAUCAGCAGAAAAAUGAUUAUGUUUGUAAAAGUAAUUUUUAGGUAGAUAUUGGAAGAAUUCACAGCCCAAGCUCAAAUGAGAAAUAUAGGAUGAAUAUGAUUAAAGAUUAUUUAACUGUUUUAGGCUCGAAUGGGGAGCUUAGUUUGUAUGAUUCAUCACUUUUAUCGAAAGGAAUACAUAUACAUCCUACUCAAAUGACUAUUAGUAAAAAAAAUAUUACACCGCUGUUUAGAACUUUGAAAUUACAAACUUAUGGAUCAGUCAUGAUUUUUGCUAACUCCCCCCCCCCCUCCGUGAGCGAACAAAAAAAUUUUGUUCGCUCACGGAGGGGGGUUAAUUUUUUUUUAAAAAAAAAUUUAUAUAUAAUUUUAUAAAAAAUAUUUUUUUCGAAAUUUAAAAAAAUCCUAAUUUGCAAAAAUUGGGAAGCAAAUAUUAAUUUAAUUUGCAAAAUUUAUGUUUUAAAACGCAAUUUGUUUAAAAUUAAACAGAAUUAGCUCUAGAUUUCAUUAUACUAAUUAUCACUUAUAUAUCAAAAUUUUUUUCCAUUAAAAUUUUUUCUAUUAAAAAAAUUUUUGUUCACUCACGGAGGGUGGGUUUUUGGUCAAAAAAUGGCGAUUUUUCUAAUGGUUUUGUUCGCUCACGGAGGGGGGGGGGGGGGGGGAGUAAAGAAAAUGAUAUUGCUGUAUAUGAAAUUAUUCAACCAAAAGUUCCUGAAAGUUGGGAUAUGGGGAAUAUCAGGACAAUUGGGAUUGUUCUGGCUGUAUUAGGGGCUAUUUUGUGGCAGUAUUUCAAAAAAGGAAAGAGACCAACUCCAACAGCUUCAAGAAAAUCAAAGAAAAACGAGCCUCCAUUUGCAAAGAAAAGAAGAUAA